AUGUCCCGGUCUCUGGCGGAAAGCUUUGAGCGGGUGGAGAAGACCAUGUCGUUGGGGGCCACUUUCCGGCAGACGUCUCCCGAUCGGGUGGGCAUCUCCGCAAAGGCCCCGCAGGCAACGGCUAAAGAAGUGGUCCUGAAGCGGCAGCUUUCAGACCUCUCAAAGGAGUUCAAUGCCCUGGACAAGCAGCAUAACAAGGCUACUACGAAGCUGGACGAGGUUCUAGAAGAGGUGAAGCGGCUGCGCGCCUGUCACGAUGACAAGGAGAAGGAGGCCCUGUCUCUACGAAGGGCACUGGAGCGGCUCCGCCUCGAUAAGGAGGAGGAGAGCGCCGCCCUUGCGACCGACAAGGCCUACAUCUGCAAGCUGGAGGCCAAGGUGGCUGCCCAGGCAACAAGCCUGGAGCAGCUCGAGAAGCACUCAGCGCUGCGUGCACGCAACAAAGAGCUGCAGGAGAGUGUCCAGAGCUUGCACGCCGUGCUGGCGUCGACCGAGGCGGAGCUGGGGAGCCGGAACGAAGAGAUUGAGAAGCUGCACAUCGCGUUGAAGGUGCGGGCGGAGGACCUGCGGAAGGGCGGCUUGUCCGACUCGAAGCCGAGCCUGCUGUUGGAGCUUGCCAACGAGCAGCAGGAGCGGAUGAACAUCGCGCUCAAGCUGGCGGAAACCGUGCAAGAGAACAACAAACAGCACGAGCAGAUUGAGAUCCUGGCGGAGAGGCUCAAGGCCAAGACCGCGGAGUGCGAGCGGACGGCGAAGGAGGCGGACGACAAGUACCGGACGCUGCGGCAGGAGACCCAGAAGCAGCUGCACGCGUUUGAAAACGAGGUCGCGGACCUCAAGACACGUGUCCAAGACCGCGAGGCGCGCACCGUCGAUCUCCGGACCGACCUGAGAGAGGCACGUGCCGAGAGGCAGAGGCUCCAGGAGAGUUUGCAGCGCGAGCAGCAGAACGCGAGCGAGCGGAGCGCGCACAUCAAGGAGGGCGAGCGGCGUCUCGCGGACGAGCAGGCGCGCGUGAAGCAGCUGACGGCCGCGCUCGCGGCCGCGACGCAGGCGGCCGAAGAAGCUAGAAAGACGGCGAAGCACAACAUCGAGGAGCACCGAGUUGAACUGGCGGCUGCUGUACAGAAAGAGACAAAGCGAACGGAAGAGGCGAAGCAGCGGAUCGCGGAACUGGAGGACGACCUGGAGGAUUGCAAGCGGCAGAUGCACAUGGCGGUCUCGAUGGCCAAGAAAGAAGCGGUGUCCGACCUGGAGAAGACGCGCGCGCGCGCGUCCGAGGACCUCGCGCGCGCGCGCAAGCAGAUGCUGGCGGACCACGAGCAGGUGGUCAAGCAGCUGACCAAGGACGUGGACGGAAUCCGGCGCGCGCUCGCGGCGGAAACGGAAAAGGUCGCCGAGCGCGAGCACGCGCUCGCGGACCUGCGCCGGCGCGAGCAGGAGGCGCGCGAGGAGAUCAGCGGGCUGCACGCAGAGCUGGACCACUUCACGGAGGUCAACGGCGAGAUCCAGAGCGACGCUCAGGCAGAGCAGCGCCAGAGACUGCGCGAGGAGAAGCGCGCGUCAGCCUUCGCGCACCAGGUGGCGUCACUCGAGGCCCAGCUGACGUCAGUGCGCAAGGAGAAGGCGGCCAGCGACAGCGCGCUCAAGGUCAAGCUGGAGGAGGCGCUCGAGGAACUUCGGGCGACCAUCGAGGAGCGCGACCAGGCCAAGCGCGCGCUCCAGGAGACCAAGUCCAAGACGCUAUCCUCCUCCACCAACCACUCCACUCUAGUUGCCGAGAACCGGCAGCUGCGGCAGCAGGCGGAGGAGCUCGCGCGCGCGAAGGCCGCCGCGCAGAAGGCCGCGAGCGACGCGGCCGCGGGGCUGCGCGUAAAGCUGGAGCAGGCGCAAGUGCAGGUGCGCGAGUGGGAGGCGGCGGCCGCGCGGCUCGAGUCCAAGAACGAACGGCUGCAGGCGCUGGUUGACGCCGAGCGCAAGGGCAGCGCCGCCCUCGCGAAGCAGUGCACUUCGGCCCUGCGCGCGCUGCACACCACGUCGCCCCCCCACCGCGCGCCCGACUACGCGCGCGCGCGCUCCUCGGACGGCGCCUUCGCGGCCGCGUCCGAGGGCGCCGUCCGCCGGAGCCCGCCGGAAACGGUCGAGCCGAUUCUCCUGAACUCCGAGGCGCGGGAUCUGGAGCUGGGCUCGGAAGGACGGAAUUCCGCUCCGGCGAAGGGAAUCGCCAGCCGCUUCUACGACUCCAUCGACGUGGGAGACGCGUGGACGCGACACGUGUCCGUCGAGGGUACCUUUGGGCGUCCGGUGGAGACUCGCCGGACGGAAUGGAAGUCAUACGGAUCGGACGAGCAGGUGAAACAGGUCGUCGUUUCAAUAGAGCCGCGCUACGAGCGGCGACCGGAUUCUAGAGCCGAGACGCCCGCCUUUUCGGACGCACCUUCGGACGGCCUCAAAGCAGAUCCGGACGCUCUAACAAGGGAGAUGUCCGGCGAUGACGUCGCUGGAGUUGAAAUUCGCUCGCGCAGAACCUCGAGGCGUGCUUCCGCUGGCGGAAUGUCGGUGUCUGAAAACGGAAUGGAUGAAGACCGUCCGGAACAGGGGCGUCCUAAUGCGCUCGAAGCUCUCUUGAACGACUUCGACGUUGAUAACGCAUCCGCUGACGGCGAGAGCAGCCGGCGCUUCUCACGAAACGGAAGGGCCAGCGGAAUGGCGGAGUCCGCCGGAAUGAAGAAGCCGGCGCUCAGUUUGGAGGACCUGGCGGACCUGGCGGAACCGUACUCGCCGCCGGUUUCGGACGGCGGAGCGUCCGAAGGCAAUGGGGAGCCGUACGAGAUGGGGCCUGAGGACUCCGAGUCGUGGAAGCAGGUGAACAGGAUUGCGAAGGUCGCGGCAAACGGGUCUUCCCGGCCGGCCAGCUCCCUAGGGCUGGAGACGGAACGGAGUCACAUCCCGGACGAUGACGAUGAGGCUUGA